UUGAUACUCGACGUCAUGAUAUUCUUGGUUAACGCUUUCUUGUUUGAUUGAUUUAUUUGUUAAUUGUUAUACUAAGCUAAUAUUAACUAUAUCUCAAUAUAACAGGCAGGUAUACAUUUCAUAAAGUUGCAAUGUUUAUGCAUUCGUUUGUGAUUCGACGUGUGUAUAAACGGAAAAGUUACUGGAAGUAAUGAAGUUCACUGUAUUUAAACUUGUUUUAAUUUCAAUUACAUUUUAACGAAAACUGGUUUUAAGUACAAUUAUCGCAUUUCUUGAGCCAAAAUCGAUAACAACAUGUCUGACCCUACAAUUCAAACAUUCUGCUGCCAUCACAAUGAUAAUAAAACCGGAGUUGCGAUAAAGAUUAUGGAUGAAUUUAAUACUGAAUCAUAUAAUACUGUUUGUUUAGUUUCAUCCACUAUUGGAAUAUUGGGUGCCAUGUACCAGAUUUUUCAAAAUGGAGCACAGAGAUUACACAGUCCAAGUAGGGGUCGCAGUAUUAUUAUGUGGUUAGCAGUUGCAGAUCUUUUAGCAUCUCUAGGUGUUUUAGUUCGAUCAUCAUUUUGGCUGCGAUAUAAAAAUAUUAUGCCGCUGCCUGAUGAUGAAUUCAGUGUUUUAUUUUGCAGCAUAUCAUCAGCGUGGACGCAAUAUUUUUAUACAGCUACGUGGUUUUGGACCCUAUUCUACGCAAUAGAUACUUGGCAAUCAAUAAAAGGUCAUGACACGCGCCCUCUGCUCUAUCACUCUUUAGCUUGGGGUAUACCAGCGGCCACGACUAGUAUUGGUCUCUCCAUUCUGUACAUUCCAAAUGCUACGUGCCAUAAUUUAACAUCCCUUUCAAGUGUUCUUCUUAGAAUUCUGCCAAAUUAUUGUGCUACUUAUGUACCAAUAGCCUUAGUAAUGAUAUUAAACCCUAUUAUAUACAUGAUGGCUGGAAAGAAUAUCGAAAUGGCGAUUGCUUUACCUUUAGCACAGUUCACGAGUAAAGAAAGAAGAGUCGUUGAUGCAUUGCGACUGAAGUUUUUCUUGAUAAACGUGGUCUUCUACGUGUGCUGGUUGCCUAACCUCAUCAACGGUAUUCUGAUUUGGACCAUGUGGUUUAAUAUGCCUGUAAAAGUUAUCAUCACAAUUUGGUACAUCAUGGCAUUAAUGAAUCCACUGCAAGCUUUAUUGAAUGCGAUGGUUUACCGAAAAUGGAAUAUGACGGAUAGAAGAUUUCGUCCGAUGUUUCAAUAUCAACAUAAAAAAUUAGAUUUCGACGAUGAACAAUCACCACUACUGGGAUCGGAGCCACCCCGUUUGUUGUUAGCACCCAUUCCCUCCACUAUUAAUAAUUACGCUACACUAUAAACGAUACAUUGCUAUACUCUAUAUUCUGUAUAGAUUCUAUAUUGUGCAUGUGUGGAAACCUGUGAUCAUUUUACCAUAGAUUUAAGAAAUUUGGACCAGUGACCACUGUUUUAUUCGGUUUAAGAAUAAAACAGUGAUGUUUCCCUUUAUAAGGUGAAAAUUUCAUAAAUUCCAAUCAAGACUAGACUUAUCUAACAUUAUUAUUUACAUCUACUAACAACGGCCUCGGGAGUAUGAGCAAUACUAAAGCUAAGAGUUAUGUUAUAUUGAUUGAUAGGUUUUUAUAUUUCGAUUAUUUUAAGUUACCAUUCAAAACAAAAUUGAAGUUGUUGUUUUUUUUUAAUAAUUGUAUUUUUUAUUUUUUUUUCAUACGUGUUUUUAAAAAAUACUAAGUACGUUAAUGUCAUGUUUCUCACUAUAAUUGUGUAAAAAAAAAUAUAUACCGGCCGAAUUGAUAACCUCCUCAUUUUUUUAAGUCGGUAAGGACCUUAGAAUUUAGAUUCAGUUCGUUUCGUUUAUGCACGUAGUAAGUACGGGUGUUGUUCAAGUGUGAUGUGACAAGGUUGAUUUUAAGACAUUUUUGCAAUGUUUUGCACGCACAUAUUUUUAUGAUUUAAUUUUGUAGGGCUAGGUCGAAGUUGGGUGUGUGUAUCAGGCCAUAUGUUAUUGCGAUUUAGGUUAAUGAUUUAAGACGAAUGUAUCGAAUUAUUAUAUCACACACUGAUACUGGUGUGGUACACUAUAAGAACAUUCAAGGUUUGUGUUAAGGUUUUAUAUAAAUGUUAUGUACAAAAUUUAUAACAAUAGGUAGUCCCUAACGAAAGUCGAUUAGUUAUUAAGUUAAAAUGAUAAUACAUAAAAUUAAAAUAUAUUAAUAUGCCAUUUAAUAAGUACAAAUUUUUAUGUUGACUUAUUUUGUUAUAAAAAAUAACACUAGAUCCAUGUUUCAUAAUUUAUUAAAAACUUUUAAAUAAUUAACUCUGAAGCGACUUUCGUUUACUGACCGUACAUUUAUAAUAAAUAUACAUACAUUUUUUUUAA